AUGCUGAUGUGUGAUCACACACAGACAUGUUCAGGUGCAAAAAGCGUGUGCUGGUUUUCAGCCCGGACAGGGAGCAGUAGGGGCCGGACCCCGGUAGGCCUGGCGGUCCUGGGCUCCUUCCUGGGCUCCAUGCCCCCGCUGCCCGCCCUGCUCCUCACACACCUGCCCUCUGGACCCGAGGUCUUCAGGUACCCCCCCGACGCCCCCCUGGAGGCCCCGGCCGUGCUGCUCUGGCUGCAGCGGGUGGAGCAGGGCACCGAGAGCCCCGCAGGGACGCUGAACGAGGACAACUGGCCACCGACCGGCCAGUUCCUGGACUUCCUGAAGAUCAUGGACGGCCAGCAGGAGGAGGAGGAGGAGCAGGAGGAAGAAGAGGAACAGGAGGAAGAGGAGGAACAGGAGGAAGAGGAGGAGGAGGACCUGACAGAGGAGCAUCUUCACCUCCACUCUGAGCUAUAA